GGCAGUGGAGGGAGAGUCAGUUUGUCUAGAGACUUCAACGCGUGCGUUUGCUUGUGUAAUGUCAGUGAAGCCUGCUCCGCACUGCCAUGGUUCGAUCACUGACGUUCGCUGUUUACGUGUCAAGAAUUCUACGACGUCUACGAUGUUCCUCUAAUUUCGAAUGUUAAUUACCGUGCGACGAUGUGUUUCUAUACAUUGCUCUGGACGAUCUCCCGCUCCAAAAAUGCGUUAAUGUGACAGGUCCGAAAUACAGUUGCUUCCGUUGGUUUUCGUCUACCUUCCCAACUGGUACAAUGAUGUCAUUCAAUUAUCCUCACCCCGUAUCUCGGACAUAUCAGUAUAAAAAGAUAACGAAACCACUCCUGGAAAGAAAAAGGCGUGCGCGAAUAAAUAAGUGUCUCGACGAGUUGAAGAAUCUUAUGGUGGAUGCUUUAGAGACCGAAGGAGAGGACAUUAGCAAACUGGAAAAGGCGGAUAUCCUGGAGCUAACAGUUCGCCAUUUACAAAAACUGCAGUCCUUACAAGGUCUGCAUUCUUUCGGAUUGUCGAGCACCGUUGCCAAGAACGACGAGAUCUCUGCCGAAAGCCGGUGGUUGUCUGGUUUCGGGCACUGUGCAGCCGAGGCGUACAGAUUUCUCUCAGCCCUUUCGAAUGAAGGUGCGGAAAAGUUAGCAAGAUACUUGACAGCUGGUCUUCAAAAGAACCGGCCAACGAAUUUAUCGUUGAAAUCGAGUCCGUUACCAGCUGUACCAGGAACAUCUACUGAAAAUGGUAUAAUUCAAGACACCAAUGUAACAUCUUCCGAUCAAAAUACAGCAAUCAACUGUGAGACUAAACAGAACGGAGUUGUGCCCAGUGUUCCGGUUCAAUGUAACACAAUGAUUAAUGUUAACAACAGUAAAAAAUUAACUUCAGACAGUGUUCUUAAUACGAAAGAGCUGAGGUAUCAACGUACAUUAGACAAGAUUAAAGUAGAACAUAAAGAUGAGGAUGAAGAAGAAAUUGACGUAGAACACGUUGAUAAGCAAGAUCCUAUGUGGCGGCCUUGGUAGUUUUUAUAGAAUAGUAUAUUUGAUAGUAUUGUGUAUGUGAUUUUAAUUGCAUAAGAAAUUAUGUAGUAUGUAAGACAAUAGCUUUAAUUUAAAUUAAAUUCACACAUAACCAAACAUGGAAACAUAUAAUUUA